AUGCCGCCAUUAAUAUUACACAAUGUUCCAGAGGAGGAGUGUUAUGUAGGUGAAGAUGGUAUUAAAAGACCUUAUGCUAUGCUAUUCCCUGGAAUUGAUGGAAAUCCCGCCGCGGCAAGAGUUAGAAGGACUGUUCCAGAGACAGGGUCCUUUGGUAAAUCGACAAGACGAUCUCGAUCAAGAACUGGCACACCAGCUUUGAAAAAGGAGGAUCCGACCUUGGCAGCUGCAGAUGCAAUAUUCGCUGCCACUUUCGCAAGGAGAGCUGCGGCGACAUCAGACUCGGGACCAUCUCAGCGCAAAUCUUCGAUACCAUCUUCAUUAUCGCAAACCAAUAUUCGAGAUAACAAUGCUUUAGCAGCUAUUGAUGGCAAUGCGGGCCAAUCUUCGAGAUUUGUACACAAGGAGCCUACAGAGGUUAUACUACGAGGUUUCACGCCAGAACAUCAAUGGGCAGCUAUUGCAGAAUAUGAAAGAAUUGCUGGCCACAUAUGUGAGGAUUAUCCUCGCGAUGCACCCCUAGAUCAACGAAGAUACAAAACCGACCUCCGAGAUCCUGUUGUUCUGCGAAGACGUCCGAUGACUAUAGAAGAAAAAGCAAAAGCUUUGAAAUAUGCUGGCGGGAAGCACUGGAUUAAAAUCACGUUCGAAUCCGCGGAAGCAGCAGAUGCAGCCAUAGAAGCCUCACCUCAAGCAGUACUUGGUUAUUUUGUUCACGCUGAACUCUAUCGCGGUGCGCCACCAGCGAAAGACGAACUAGGAGUCUCUACAGUAACAUCAGAAAGAUCGUCUCGUCUUAAUUCCAAUAGACACCGUUUCGAUCCUGGACCAUUCCUCCCAGGUGCCGAACGUCCACUUCAACAAUCCGGACUCCCUCGUUCCUGGACCACUCCUGAAAUGUCACAAAUUAGUCGAAACGUACACUUUGAAGACCGCGCUCAAUCUCCUGAAGGCUCCCAAGCUACCAGUCAUACGAUCGAUACUACUACAUUAACGACAUCUACAAUCCCAGGUGGUAACCUUGCCCUUCAACAACGGCCAUCUUCUGCAGGUUCUGCCACUCCCGAAGCACCUUCUCUAUACUGUCGCAAAAUUCCAACAGCUCAACGACUGCAACUUCUCCCUGCCGAUCAGGCCCUACUCCCUCAAAAAUCGUACACACAGCAAGUUUUGUCCAACAUCCCGUUAUUAAAUUGGUUCAGUGCGGAUAUCAUAGGGGAUACAGUACCAAGGACAGAGACAGGCGAAUUCGAUUGGGCAAAAGCGAGUUUUUAUUGGAGGAUGGUUUACUGGUUCGAUACAUACCUAGGGAUUUUUGGAGUUGUGGGAGGGGAGAAAGAUGAUUAG